ACUUGCUGAGUCAUGCUGAAGCAUUCAUGUGGCUGAUGUAAACCUUGAUAUUUUGCAUCAUCAUUUACAUCAGCUCAGUAUGACUCAAAUAUAGGGCUGACACAGAAACAGAAGCUGGAUCAUAAUGACAAGGCAGCUGGCACGGAGGACAGGCAGGUAUUCAAGAGGGAUUAGAUUCAACCUGCAAUAGGCUUGGACGGCAGUGUUUCUUUUCACACCAGCAUCUGUGACUUUCUGUGAAUGAGAGUUCAGCUACUGUAACAGUAGCAAAGUUGUAACACUGCCAGAUAACUUUGGAGUGUGUGUGUGUGUGUGUGUGUGGAGCCAAAGAAGACAUUGACCAAUAUCAUGACCCGAAGACCUGUUGCUACUUCUAUCUCCAGUGAAGGCUAUGCAAAAGGAGACUCAAAUGGCACCCUCCCUAUUGUGUCAACUACCACAGGUAAAGUGGAGCUGAAAAAGAAAGUAACUUUACUGAGAGGGAUCUCAAUUAUAAUUGGCACCAUCAUUGGAGCUGGGAUCUUUAUUUCACCCAAGGGUAUCCUGCAGAACAGUGGGAGUGUGGGGAUGUCACUUGUGAUCUGGACUGCUUGCGGGUUGCUGUCAUUAUUUGGGGCCCUUUCAUAUGCUGAGCUUGGUACAUGUAUCAAGAAAUCUGGUGGUCAUUACACCUACAUCCUUGAAGCCUUUGGUCCACAAGCUGCAUUUGUAAGAGUUUGGGUGGAGUUGCUUGCAAUACGUCCUGCCGCCACAGCAGUGAUCUCUUUGGCCUUUGGACAGCACAUAUUGGAACCCUUAUUUAUGCCAUGUGGGAUACCUGAACUACCAAUCAAGAUUGUCACUGCCAUAGGAAUAACCUCUGUGAUGUACUUGAACAGUAUGAGUGUCUCCUGGACUGCACGGAUUCAGAUCUUUCUGACCUUCUGCAAACUUGUGGCUAUAGGGCUUAUUAUCAUACCUGGAAUGAUUCAGUUAUUUAAAGGUGAAACUCAGAACUUUCACAAUGCAUUUGGGGUUAAUGAGGUCCCAGUUAUGGGAUUACCCCUUGCCUUUUACUCAGGAAUGUAUGCCUAUGCAGGAUGGUUCUACUUGAAUUUUGUAACUGAAGAAGUAGAAAAUCCUGAAAAAACUAUCCCCCUCGCCAUAUGCAUAUCAAUGGGAAUUGUCACUGUUGGUUAUGUGUUAACAAAUGUGGCCUACUACACUGUAAUGUCUGCAGAGGAGCUGCUUGCCUCAGAAGCUGUUGCUGUGACGUUUGCUGAGAAGUUGAUGGGGAAAUUUUCCGUGGCUGUUCCUAUAUUUGUUGCUCUGUCUUGCUUUGGCUCGAUGAAUGGUGGUGUAUUUGCUGUUUCAAGGGUGUUUUAUGUUGCCUCCCGUGAGGGUCACCUUCCAGAAAUACUUUCUAUGAUACACAUUCGGAAACACACUCCGCUCCCUGCAGUCAUCGUACUGUAUCCAGUGACGAUACUAAUGUUGUUCAUGGGAGAUAUCUACAGUCUGCUGAACUUCCUGAGUUUCGUUCGAUGGCUCUUCAUCGGUUUAGUAGUUGUUGGACUUAUUUACCUCAGAUAUAAGCGUCCUGAAAUGCCUCGCCCUUUUAAGGUUCCAUUGUUCAUCCCUGCCUUAUUUUCCUUCACCUGCCUUUUCAUGGUUGCCCUGUCUCUCUACUCUGACCCCAUCAACACUGGGAUAGGAUUUGCUAUCACAGUGACUGGAAUUCCUGCAUACUAUCUCUUCAUUGCAUGGGACAAGAAACCCCAAAUCUUCCAGAAGUUUAUGAAUUCAAUGACCAGAACAUUGCAGAUCAUUCUGGAAGUGGUACCAGCAGAAUAAGAAACACUACUUUGAUCUGUUUAUUUUUGUUACAACACACCAAUCAUUUUGUAUGUACAUGAUGACACACAACGGUCUGCAAAGUAUAAAGUUCAGAUGAAUUACAUGAUUAUCUAACUAAAGCAUCUGUUUUCUCUCUACACUUCCAAAUUUUGUUGGAAGAAAUGCAUCACUUUUGAUGAAUUGUUUUCUGGUAAUGUUUUAAAUUGGAAUCUUAGUUUUGUUUUUCAGAAGCAGAACCUGUUUUUGGAUUCUUGGUUUUGAAAUAAUUCUAUUUCGUUAGUUUUUGACAGCAGUUUUCCAUUUACACUGCUUGGCUGAACUCUAGCCCCUCCUCCUACCCUGUGAGCAAGCAAAUCGCUUUUUUUAAGUGCUUUUUUAAUGGCAUGCUUAAAGCUUGUUGUAUCUUAAACUCAUAUUGGUUCAUUUUUAAAUACAGAAUUAAAUACCCUCUGUGUAUGGCUGCAUUGUUUAGUAAUCAGGGCUUAAUUUUAAUGAAAUCUGCCCUGCAACACAUGACAAAUCUGAAACCGAAAUACUGGCUUGAUCUAAUUGGCCUCGUUCUAACAUGCCGUUGGCUUCUAGAGUGAACAGGUUUAGCAAGUACUUCAUUUAGUAAUUAGAAUACCAUAUUUUUUCUUGUUUUCAUCGGUAUAUUAUGACCCUAACUCAGAUGGGGGUAGGCAGUAGACUAGAUUGUUUGGAAAGGUGUACGGUGCCUAAACAAUUUGAAAACUACUGAUGCAGAGGAAAAUAAUGCAGAAAGUCUUCACACAAUUACCAUAGCAAAUAUGUAGCACUAUUUAUUAUGCUCCCAUUGCAUAACUGUUGCUUUGCAUUUUGUUCCGAUUAUACCCUUAAUGUUCUUUGGCUGUUGUGUCAUUUUGAAUGCAUUUUUUUACCACAGUAAAUUUGCACAGUCA